UCCCCAAGGCAGUAGAUAGCGAAGAUGUUGCUGACCAAGACCCUGGAAUAUCUUUUUUAUCUGGCACUAUUUGCCUUUAUGUGCAAAUACGCCCAGUCAGCGAGUGUUGUCCAGCCUACGGAAGCACCUCCACCAACUCUCGCGGAAACCCUAAAGAAGCCUCAAAAAUCGGAAACCCUGCUCAGUGGCUGUGAAACGUCUUCGUUCAGCUGGAUGUGCCUUAAGAUCGAGUUUGUCAAGAUCAUGGAAAAACUUGCCGAACAGGAGGAGCUCAAUGUUCUACCCGGCGUCAGUGUGGUGAAGGAUGAGAAUGCCACAGAGCUCAAGACUUCGGAGUUAAUGGCCGAAGUUGCGCGGAGCUAUCCCAGUGAUCCCAGCACUCGGCUGAAUGGCUACAUAGUGGCCAAGCUGGAGAAUCUACUGAAGACGCGCUUUUUAAGAUUUCGCCUGCUGGACGACAAAGCUCUGGUAGAAGGUCGCAAACACAAGUUUGGCAAGAAAGGAGGCCUGGAGGCCCUCGUAGCAGCCGGAGUAAUGAUGAAGGGCAUGCUCAUGGCCAUGGGAUUCGGAGCCAUUGCUUUGAUGGCCGGCAAGGCUCUGAUGACAGCUCUGAUGGCCCUGACCCUAUCGGGAGUCCUGGGUCUCAAGAGUUUGGCCGGCGGCGGCGGAAAGUCAACCACCUAUGAGAUAGUGGCCAAGCCCAUUUACACUUCUAGCCACUCGCACUCGGUGACUCACGAGGAUGGAGGCCACGGACACAGUCCGCACUUUGCCGCUGGAGGAGGCGGUGGCACCGCCAGUGGCUUUGGCUACGGCGGAUAUGCUCGAUCCAUGAAAUCUGAGGCAUCGACCAACCAAAUCUAAUAAUUCUAGACAUCACCUUGUAAUAUUUUCUCAUAAUUUAUUUAUUUAUUUUACAAUAAGAACUAUAAAGCAAGCAAAUACAGCAGUAAUAUGAUCAAGCCAAAUGAUUAUACCUAAAUUUCAAAUAGUCACUAAAAUUUACUUAGCUGGCUAAAGCGAAUCGUUGUCUAUGUCUAAUUUAAAAUACAUAAAAAGUUCGUUGUUCCGUAUACACUAGCUAUGGCUCCAUGUGUAUAAAUCUACUAG